AUGGCGUCAACUCGCUCUUCAUCAAAUCUCCACACCGUUGUGUCAGGUCUUCAUCUGAUUUUUACAAUCGCAUCUGUUGCUUUUCUUUCUUUCAAAGUCUAUCACCUCGAGUGUGAGCUUUCCUUAAUUCGCGGAAAAGUUUUGGUAAGUGAAGGCGACAUAAAAGUGACCGAAGUCACCCCGCUGUCUGCAGAUUCAAAUAAUGAAGAGCUCAGAAGUGAAAGAAAUCGCCGAGAUGAUCAACAGAAGCUCAAAUCAUAUACAGGAGACAACCUCAAGGCAGCAUGUGUCCAGAAGUUGUUGGGCGAUCUUCAG